CCUGACCCUCACGCACAUCACAAAGACAAACAACACACAAAAUACCCCCUUGAUACCAGACGCUACACUUCGACGACUAUGGUAUCGAUCGCAUUGACAUUGGUGGGGCUGCUGUUGUCCGCCAACUUGGAGGGUGUGAGAGCCGGCCCGUCCCAGUCGAGUCGCCGGGUUGCACAUCGUCAGCAGACUGAGCCAGCCACCGCAUGGGUGUCAUUCCCAUCUUUAUUUGGAAGCGUGCAAGGGAACACAAAGCGAGCAACGGCAAAAAAAAAACUUUUAGACGCUAUCGCACCGCUGAACCGCGGACUGACGGCGAGCGACGAAGAGCGGGCGGUUGUGGAAAAGCUGGCACAAGAACUGGAGAAACUCAACCCAAACCCCAAAUCUCUUUCGUCUCCGUUGGUUAACGGGCGGUGGGAGCUGGUGUACACCACGUCGAUGAGCAUUCUCUCGAAAAAAAACCCGGUGUUGCGGCCCAGCGGCCCAAUUUAUCAGGAUAUCGACGCGCCGGGGCUCCGGGCGCUCAACGCGCAGUAUAUCCAGCCUAUCCCCUUCUUGAAGAUGCCCUACCAGGUGAGCGCGGAGCUCACACCGACGACCUCAAGCGCGACUGAUGUCCAGUUCAAGGAGUUUACCGUUGGCCCCCUUAAGAUCAAGGCCCCUGAGAGGGCAAAGAGCGCCAUCGACAUCACCUACGUGGACGACGAAGUAAGGGUCACCAGAGGUAGCCUGGGUAACCUUUUCGUGUUGGUCAGGGCUGCUGGGAUGGAAACGGGAUUCCGUUAAGUGGUGCACUGGGCUGGAAACGGGAUUCCGUUAGGUCGUGUUCUGGGCUGGAAGGAUUCCGUUAAGAGGUGCUAUGGUGUAAUGACGAUGGCACGACUUGAAGUCAAGAGCGGCCGCAGAUGUCGGCAUCAAAAAAUGUCCUUGUUUUGCCUCACUCCUGGAACCUCGGCUGAUUUAGAUAGGUGCGCGUCCAGAAAAGGUGUAGUCAAAAGAGUUAGGAGUCUAGAAUGAAUGCACCUUACAGAGAAGGGCGAUCAUGUCUGCUACCGCGGGCAUCUCGCCAUGUAACCUUUCGGAGAUGCGGAGGUCGGUUUGUGAUGACGGUGCGGCCAUUGAGGGUUUCACUUUGUGGAUUCGAUGGAUGGUGGUCUGUCGUCUGUCGAUUCUCGUUUCGUGCAUGUUCGGACUAAAAAAAACGGAGAUCUGUUAUCGGCCUAUCGUGGGGAAGGGGCGCUAGCAUAGCUCCUGCCUAUCGAAUCGCAACAUUCACUGCUGUUGUGGUACUAGAAUGUGUGCGUGUGUCUUCCUUUCUUGCAUGGUUUUCGUCUGUUGCGUGUCUCGAGUUCGGAUAUUUAUGCAUGGCGUUUGUUUGGUGAGCUGUGUAGCAUUCCCGGAACAGCUCACCAGGGCGGUAGUUGUUUGGCCGUAGCAAACGUUUUUUGUUUCGCCGAUAAGUUUAGGAGGCACAAUUCUGUAAUUUGUGCGGUAGGUUGAUGGCGAGCUUGACCAUGGUAUUCCCGGGGACCGCUCACAAGGGGGGGGCGGGUUGUACUCAUAGUCAUGCAUGCUGUAGUCGUCAGACCAUUGACCUCGCACCCCUUCAAAGCCGGGACGGGGCACGCCGGGUUAUCACCGGACCAAGCCCUCACAUCACCAAGCGCCUAGCACCGUGAGCUAUUCGGCGGGGGCGUUGAAUGUUGUAGUUGUCCGGCAGCGAGCGCUACUUCUUUUGUUGCGUGAACGAACACAAACAAACUCGAAAACAUACCAGUAUUUUGCUUCGCUUCCUUCCUGUGUUUGACUUCAGGACGAACGGAACCCCACACAAAUAAUUUUUAGACGGGUAACCUUGUAAAUACAUUGCGUACCCUUGCCAUGUGGGGCGGCGGGGGCAAGCGCCUGACCGGCGGGAUCCAUCCUGGCAUGGAAAAACAUCUCGCCGGUGUGGUCGGUGGUAGGCAUGCCUUCGACUACUUUUUCUCAUGUGUGUGUUUUUUUCUGGGCGAGUGGGAGCGGUGGGUUCUGUUUGUCGACCCCCUUUUCUUUUCUUCUGACGGUCUCCUUUGUCCGGCAUGUCAGCUGCUGCGAUUUUCUGAUGGCUGUUCGGAAAUCUUUGUCAUUGUGGGGCCUUCAACACGAGUUCCGGCAUGCAGCGAGAACCUGACAUGGACUACUCCGGCGGGGUAGGUGUGAUGUCUUGCCUGCCUGCUGUCUUGUGUUGGAAUGGAAAUUUCAAGGAAGUGUGCACCCCGGCCUUUUGAAAAUCGUAGGGUAGCAAGAUGUAGGGUUCUAAGGAUAGAACUAUGUGGUUAUGGUUGUGUGUGGUCGUGUUGAUGGGUGAUCUCUUUGGUGGGUAUAUCUUUCAUAUGUUGCUUUGCCUCGCAUGUGUGGAGCGGGAGCGGUGGGCGUCUCUUGUGUGUCGAUCGCGGUCGUCCAUCUGUGUUGUUUUGUCCGACUUGUCACCGGGGAGAAUGGCUGUCUGGGGACUUCCUUCCUUCCUUCAUUGUUCGUUGUCGCCGUUCGUUGCGUUGCUUUUUCUGGGUACGUCCGUCCUUGGUUUGAUUUUUUUUUUUCUUGAUUUCCAAGCUAUCGCGUUCUAACUUGAGUUGGCCUAUGACCACACGGGGAAAAGGCGUCCGCGCCGGGUGGAGCAGUACGCAUGUUCUUUGGUGGUAGAUAUACUUGUUCUGAGCAGAGAUCGGGAGGGUUCCCAAUGUGGACACACUUACCACCGAGGAAUUCCCUGUAGUAAUUAGUGACCAACUGCCGGCACAUGGCUUACUUAUGUUGAACAGCCUCACAAAAAACGAAAACCACACCCACCAAGGGGCCACUAGAUAUUUUUCGUUGCACAUCAUUAUACCCUUUGUCUUGUUUGGUUUGUUUUCGGGGGCGUGGGGGAUAUCGGUUGUCUAAUUCCUAUGCAAACGAAAGGGGCCCCGCGGGGGAACCCUGUUAUUUUCCCGGUGUCCGAUGCGUGAGCUAGGGUUAGCUAUUGCAAACCGCCAAGCCAUGAUCACGCGAAUUGGCUGCGUAUUAAAGAACAUUCAGAGAGUACCU